UCUCAUUCCUUCUUGCUUCUGACCAUUCUGUACCAAAAAGUAAAUCUUUCUCGAAACUCGUCACUCAAGAAUUGAGCAAUUGCGGGGCAAACGUGACACAAGCAUAAGCAUAAACAUUUUGCCUCGAAGAAUACGCAACUAUAAAGUUUCUCAUUGUCAAGUGGAAUGAAUUCUACAGAGACCAAGAUGCCUCUCCGUGUCUUAGUAGUUGGAGCAGGGUUGGCCGGUCUAGCAGCGGCACUUUCUACAAAACUUGCAAACCCAUCACAUGAAGUGACGAUUCUGGAAACUGUCUCGGAAUUGGCGGAAGUCGGGGUAAGUGACAAACUCCAAAUCUUGGGAUAUUACUCUGUCGAAUUAUGCUAACAGAUAUUGUAGGCAGGACUACAAAUAACACCUAAUGCAUCACGGCUCUUCAAAAAAUGGGGAAUAUACGAUGAUCUCGCACCAAAAGCUACAUUUCCUAAAGCUCUCUCCGUGUGGCGAUUCGAUGGAACGAAACGCUUAGCAUAUUCUUCGGAUUUUCAAGAAAAAAUUAAUGAAAGAUAUGGAGCUCCUUUUUGGGGAAUGCAUCGAGUUGAUCUACAGCGUGCGCUUUGCGCUAGAUGCGAUGAGUUAGGCGUCAUUAUUCGUUUAUCAUCGAGAGUCACGAGUCUUGAUUUCGAAAAGACAGUUAUAACGUUGGAAGGAGGAAAAACGAUAGAGGGAGACGUUAUACUUUGCACAGAUGGGAUUUAUUCAGCUACUAGAUCACAAUUCCUAGGCCAUUCAUGUCCGCCAAAUCCAACCGGAGAUCUCGCAUAUAGAAUUGUCAUUGAUAAAUCUACAUUGAGCGGUCCGGACGCAGAAAAACUCACCGCAUUUAUCGAUUCCCACUCUGUCAACUUCUGGGCAGGUCCAGAUACACACGUGGUAUCGUACACCAUGCGCGGAGGCGAUCUAUUCAACAUCGUCCUACUCUGUCCCGAUAAUCUCCCACCCGGACUUUCACGCUCAACAGGCGAUCUGGAAGAAAUGAAAGGAUUAUUCGAAGGUUGGGAUCCCGUCCUCAGAGCAUUCCUAGAACAAGUCAAAGAAGUAGCCAAAUGGCGAUUAAUGCAUCUCGAACCUCUCGAACGCUGGACUAGCGAAAAGGGAACCUUUUGGAUGGCAGGCGAUGCUUGUCAUCCCAUGCUUCCCUAUCUCGCACAAGGCGCUAAUUCGAGUCUGGAAGAUGGAGCCGUCAUGGGAUAUUUAUUGGGAAAAGUAAAUGUAGAGACGAAAGAUGAACAAUUGCGGAAAGCGGCGAGGAUAUAUGAGGAAUUGAGAAAGGGAAGAGGGGAAGGUAUAGCGAGGGAAACGUGGGGACAGAGAGAAAGUUUUCAUAUGGUGGACGGAGAGGAACAGGUUAAGAGAGAUGAAAUUUUAUUGGCGGGUCCGUCGGUUAAUGGUGGGUUUCCGAGUCGAUGGCAGGAUUUUGGUGGUGCGCAGAAGUGGUUGUAUGGGUAUGAUGCUUAUGCGGAGGCGGAAAAGGGAUUUGAGAAGUCGCCGUUUUAGAUGGAGGAUUUGUUGUUCUGGGUGUUGAGUAGUUUAUUGAUUUGAUAAGUAUUAUCUUUAUUUUUGGCAGGAUAUUGUAUGUUAUCGUAUCCUAUUGUAUCAUAUAUAGUUGGAAUCUAGAAAUCAUUCUUCGU